UUUUUUUUUUUUUUUUCAGUUUCCAGUUUUGCACAUUUCAUCACCAUUUCAACAGAAAGCAAAAAGAAGAGCUGCGAGAGUUUGUGAUUUGAGCGGGAAUGAGCCGACUGCAGCACAAGAAGGACUACCAGAAGCACUCGCAGCGCGCUGACGAGGACAACCUGAACGCGCUCGACCAGCAGGACGCGUUCGCUGCUGACGACGACCACAGCGACGACGACGACGGCGACAAGCAGGAGCGCGACCAUGGCAAUGCCGCCGACGACACCAACGCGAGCAGCAACAGAGCACUGAAUGCUCAUCGUGCUCAUGCUCAGCGGGUGCAGAAGCAGCAGCAAUUGGACCAGGUCGCCUCGGCGAUGACCAAUCUGACCCUCUCCAACUUCAACCCGACGAACGCCGUGGCGACGGCGACGGCGACGGCGACGACGGCUUCAGCUGGCCUUAAUGCUGGUGCUACGACUGGCGGGGAUGCCGACGGCGCGGAGGAACGGGCACUGGAGCAGCAGCAGCAGCAGCAGCCAUCGGUGACGAGCAAGGGCAAAGGACCGCGAGUGACUGCAACAACCACCACAGCGCAGCAGCAGCAGCCAAAGCAGAAGCAACCGCAAAAGCAAAAGCAACAGCAAAAGCAACAGCAGCGGCCAAAGCAGGAGCUCGGCGCGUCAACAAGCAACAACGCAGCAGCGUCGUCAAGCUCAGCUGCUGAGAAAGCCCGCCGCCGCCAAGAUGACGACGAGGACGACGAUGCCGCUGACAAGGAUGAUGACCAUGACGAUGACGAGCACACUGAAAGCGAUGACAAUGGUGAUGCCAUUGAUCUCAAGGACGCUGCUCCACGGGACAAGGCUCGUCAAGAAGUGGACACGACAGACGACGCGACGCUGUUGCUCGAUCCCAAGUUGCAAUUGGUCAACCCCGACGCUGAGGAUACCGCCUUCUUGCUGCGCCAACUGCGCGCCCGGCUCCAAGAGUCGCAGGGCGAAACAAUCUAUGAGGUUGGAGUGGCAGACGGGGGCUCAAGCGGGCUCACGCAAGAACAACUCGAUCAGUCUGUUGCAACAUUGCGACAACUGGCCAUCGAGUGCAAGGCGGAUAUCUCGUUGCUGCGCGAGAAACAAGCGGACGCGGGCACUGUGGCAGAAUACCUCGUGCGCCGACGCAUGGACGACGAGAGUGAUUUUAUCGAGGUGCGUGUUGCCGUCGUUGGCAACGUCGACGCCGGCAAGAGCACCCUGCUUGGCGUCCUCACCCACGGCGAGCUGGACAAUGGCCGAGGCAAAAGCCGUCUGCGUCUCUUCAGGCACAAGCACGAGGCUGACACUGGGCGCACGAGCAGCAUUUCGCACAACAUUCUUGGCUUCGACUCGCAAGGCCGCAUUGUCAACGCCCCGGACGAGCACACUGGCGGCUUGGACUGGACGUUGAUCUGCGAGCGCGCCUCCAAAGUGUUGACUUUUAUUGAUCUCGCGGGCCACGAGCGCUACCUUAAAACAACUGUUUUUGGCUUGACGGGCCAUGUCCCCGACUUUGCCAUGCUGAUGGUUGGUGCCAAUGCUGGUCUUAUCGGGAUGAGCAAAGAACAUCUGGGACUUGCCCUCGCUCUGAACGUGCCAGUCAUUGUCGUUGUGACCAAAAUUGACAUGUGCCCGCCAAAUGUGCUCAAGGAAACGAUGAAUCUGCUCGUCAAGAUUCUCAAGUCUCCUGGGUGCAGAAAAAUCCCACUUGUCGUCGCCAACAAGGACGAUGUGGUCGUGACGGCGACCAACUUUAUGUCUGAGCGGGUGUGCCCCAUUUUCCAAAUCUCCAACGUUACCGGCGAGAAUUUGGACCUUCUCAAAAUGUUCCUCAAUCUGAUUUCCCCACGCCGUGAAUUUGAUCCAACGCUGCCAGCUCAGUUCCAGAUUGACGAGACCUACUCUGUUCCAGGUGUCGGAACAGUCAUCUCCGGCACCGUCAUGGCGGGUGUCAUCCGAAGCACCGAUACGCUGUACUUGGGCCCGGAUACAUUGGGCAACUUCCAGCCGGUGCAGCUCAAGACGAUUCAGCGGAAACGUCUGCCUGUUCGAGAUGUGAGAGCCGGGCAGGCUGCAUCCUUUGCUCUCAAAAAGAUUAAGCGCUCGGCCAUCCGCAAGGGCAUGGUGCUCCUCGCCAAGGAUGCACACCUCAAGGCCUACCGAGAGUUUGAGGCAGAGUUGCUCAUUCUCCACCACCCCACCACGAUCAGCACGCGGUACCAAGCCAUGGUCCAUUGCGGUAGCAUUCGUCAGACCGCGUCUAUUCUUUCGAUGGAUCGCGAACUGCUCCGGACAGGCGAUAAAGCUCGCGUUCGGCUGCGCUUUCUGAAGCACCCAGAGUUUGUUCGCAUCGGUGCGCGACUCGUCUUCCGAGAAGGACGUACCAAAGCCGUUGGAACUGUGACACAGGCCUUUGAGAUUGAGAGCCACCCCAUGUCUGUGGCUUCUGCAAUUGGAUCUGCAUCCGUGUCGGCGUCCUCUGCUUCUUCCCCACCUGGUGUGGUGGCCCCGACAACCACGACAAGCUCUUCCUCUUCUUCAUUGGCGGGUUCGACGACGAUGACGACUACGACGACACGCAGUUGAUGAGAAUGAACAAAAAUAAAAAAGGCAACAUGUUGAUGCUAUUGACACAUAAAAGAAACAAAAGCACGUUGAGCCAAAGAGUACCGCAACCAACGGAAAAAAAAAACCACGCAAAUAGUGCAGCUUGGAGGCGAACAUUCGGG